GAUUGUUUGGGUCCUCAAUUAUCUUCAAGUGUAAAUCCAAUCCAAUAAUCCAACCUCACCCUUUCUCCCACAUUGUCUCUGUAUAUGGAAAUUAAGAAUAAAAUUCAGCUAUUUUUCCUCACUAACUUGCCAUCUUUGCUUGUGUUUCUGUGUUGUGCUGAGGAAAUCAGCAGAGCUGAAUUCCCAGAUGGGUUCUUGUUUGGAACUGCUACUUCUGCAUACCAGAUUGAGGGAGCAUUUUUGGAAGAUGGGAAGACUCUGAGCAACUGGGAUGUUUUCAGCCACAUUCCAGGAAAAAUUGAAAGAGGAGAGAACGGUGAUGUCGCUGUUGAUCAUUACCAUCGUUACUUGGAAGACAUUGAGCUAAUGCAUUCUCUCGGGGUGAAUGCCUACCGGUUUUCCAUUUCUUGGGCCAGGGUCUUACCUAGAGGAAGAUUUGGUUCGAUUAAUCCAGCAGGAGUUGAGUUUUAUAACAAAAUUAUAGAUUGUCUCUUGCUCAAGGGAAUCGAGCCAUUUGUUACCAUAAGCCAUCAUGACAUACCACAGGAACUCGAGCACGGAUAUGGGGGUUUCCUCAGUCCUUUAGUACAGGAUGAUUUUGUUCUUUUUGCCAAAACUUGUUUUGAGAAUUAUGGUGACCGGGUAAAGUACUGGACUACUUUCAAUGAGCCAAACAUAUAUGCAGACAUGGGGUACAUUAGGGGUGUUUAUCCUCCAGGUCAUUGUUUAGAACCUUACCACAACUGUUCUGCUGGAAAUUCCGAAAGGGAGCCCUUAUUGGUGGUGCACAACAUGUUAAUAUCACAUGCCAAGGCUGCUUAUAUUUAUCGUGAGCGUUAUCAGCUCAAGCAAGGUGGUAGUAUAGGGGUGGUUGUGCAUGCAUUCAUGUAUGAACCCAUAAGUGACCAAGAAUGUGACCGUGAAGCUGCAAGUAGGGCCUUGGCCUUCAAUAUUGCCUGGGUGUUGGAUCCCCUUCUAAAUGGAGAUUACCCUCCUGAGAUGUAUCGUUUGCUUGGGGAGAACAUGCCAAAGUUCUCACCUGAUGAACUGAAGAAAAUAAAAGGCAGUAUCGACUUCAUUGGCAUUAACCAUUAUUCAAGUCUAUAUGCUGAAAACUGCAGCUAUUCUCCUAGCAAGCUAGGGUGUCAGGCAAUCAAAGGCUUUGUUUACACGACUGGAGAAAGAGAUGGGGUUCCAAUUGGGGAGGAGACAGCAAUACCAAGGUUUUAUGUUGUUCCAAGCGGACUAGAGAAACUCAUUGAUUAUCUGAAGACAAGAUACAACAACAAGCCUAUAUUUGUCACUGAAAAUGGGCUAUCUCAAAUGGACCAACCUGAAGAAAGAGACAGAGUGUUAUUGAAUGAUACCAAAAGAGUUGAAUAUCACAAGGGCUAUCUUUCCUCCUUAGCUCAGGCAAUUCGGAAAGGAGCAGAUGUACGAGGCUAUUUUGUUUGGAGUUUGCUGGACAACUUUGAAUGGACUAAUGGUUACAGUAUAAGGUUUGGGCUUUACUAUGUUGACUACAAAACGCUCUGCCGGAUUCCCAAGUUUUCUUCAAAAUGGUAUACAAGUUUCCUCAGUUACAAUAGCCAAAGAAAUAGGAAUGGGAUCAUUAGAAGAUCUCCCAUGAACAGUGCUGUAAUUUCAUUGAAGGUUGGAAAGAUGGAAAUAUAAUAUGCUGUAAGACAUUCUACACAUGGUUUAGAAAUGCCAUACAUCUCCAUUCUGUAUAAAUUCUCCCUAAUUUAAGAAUUUUGUAAAAAACUUGCCAUAAUGAUCAAAGUGCAGAGAAAAUUUAUCUUGCUCAUUCUAGCUGGUGGAACACAUAAGAAACAGAGAAUACAAAAUCAUGAUUUCAAUAAGAUUUACGCAGUCCAGAAAUUCAUAAGUAGAAUUCUGAAGCUUUGAGGUCCUAUAACAUCUCUUUCUUUGGGAUAAACCAAUUCUAGUAUAGAAAUUUUGGUCUUGAAUAAAUACUAGGUGAGAAUUUGAUGAGUUGAGUAUAGACAGCCUGACAGGUUAUACGGUGGGGACUCUGCUGAAUGGGAAGGGUAAAAUUGCCUCGAAAACCAGGUUCUAUGGAGUUGUUCUGGAAGUAUGUUAUCAGCAAUGGUUGACUUGUAUUUAGAAGAAUGGAGGUGCAUGAUCUAUUACCAGAUCAAUUGUUAUGCUGCUGCUGUAUUAGAGGGGCCUGGAGAACUUGCUGAUGAACUCUCCUAGGACCUCCUCGUCAUCCUGAAACUUAGAUUCAGAACUCUGAAUUUCCUAGAAACAUAAGUAGUUCAUGUUUCAUAAUGGCAGUUCUUUUUGAAUUCCCUUUUUUAGUUUGAUGAUGAUAAGCCAAUUUUGUAGAUGUUUCUUGUUUAUAUGCUGAUGUGAUUUCAAUGAUAUGGCUUCACUUGCAUCCUUCUCACCA